CUGCGCCUCCGCAGACCACCGUCUCCCCUCCUUCCCCGCCGCGACUACCGACGUGUCGAGCCAUUCGCUCAGCCCGUUGCAGCGAGCAGCUUGCUACUCACGAGGACGUUGUGUCCUCUCUUCUGGACUUGAGCAUGCUCCAGGCUCGUCAGGAGCGACUCACCCUCAAUGUCGCUGCACUGCGUCGCCUUCUCGCCAUCCUCUUUAACCCUGAUCGCACCCUCCCGAUUAUCCCAGUACGACUCGGGACCUCCACGAGGGUGUACUCAGCGCUGUGGGAUUCCGGUUCUCAGGGCGACUUCAUUCACCCACGCGUGGUGAAGGAAGCCCGCUUACCCACGACAGGGUCUCCGACUCCCAUCUCCGUUACCCUAGGGGAUGACAAGACCCAACGCUGCUUCGAUCAGAUGGUCACCGACCUCCCCUUCUUCCUCAAUCUUGAGCCGACUGAUCGUUCCCCGGCGUCUCGUCGCCACCGCUCCUCUGCAUAUUUCGAUGUAAUGGAGACGGGGUACGACUUCAUUCUCGACACUCUGUGGUCUCGUCGGUUCCGCAGCACCGAGGCCGAUUGGGCGACCAACACUCUCGUUCUCAAAACGAAGUGUGGACAGACGUAUCGCGUACCUUUCAUAGGUACCACGGCGAUACCACGCCCCGAUCCUCCUCCCCUGGAGCCGUCAGUGCCCACACCAUCCACCUCUAUCACUGUCACCUCGCCUCGGCAGUUCGCUCACUUUAUUCGACAGGAUGACGUCACCUUCUUUAUGGUGGACGUGACGGAUAUCUUACACUAUGAUCCACCCUGUCCCGACGCCGAGCUCAUCCCUCUGGAGCCAGAUCCUCCCUCUAUCUCCAUGGCUCCCAUCUCUACUUCCGUCCCUCCGCCGUGCGUCGAGUCCACCCCGUCGUCGGGCGCUGACGCUGACGCUGAGGAACUCGCACGAUAUACGGCUGACCUGGAGCCCGCAGUCCGUGACCUCAUCCGAGAGUACCACGACGUUUUCCCAUCGUUGUUCUCGUACGCCGCCAUCCCACUGAUGCGUGACGUCGAGCACUCCAUUCUGCUUGUACCUGACUAUCGUGUUCACCACCAGGCACCCUACAAACUCUCGAUUCCCAAGGCCACCGAACUGAAGCGUCAGCUUGAGGAGCUCCUGAGACUGGGUUUCACUAAACCCAGCAACUCCCCGUGGGGUGCACCCGUCCUCUUUGCUCGCAAAGCGGAUGGAACUCUCCGUCUCUACAUCGAUUAUCGCGGUCUCAACCGCUACACGGUUAAGAACAACUACCCCAUGCCUCGUUCCGAUGAGCUGUUCGACCGCCUAGAAGGCAACCGCUUCUUUACGAAGAUUAAUCUUCGUAGCGGUUACCAUCAGAUCCGCAUCGCUGCAGCCAACCAGCCGAAGACAGCGUUCCGAUCGCGCUUCGGCCACUACGAGUUUACGGUGAUACCAUUCGGCCUCACCAAUGCACCCGCCACCUUCAAGAGGGCGAUGAAUGACAUCUUCAGGGACAUCCUGGAGCAGUACGUUCUCAUCUACCUCGACGAUAUCCUGCUCUACAAUCGUACCCUUGAGGAGCACCUUAGACACCUCUACGACGUCCUUGACCGCUUGCGCAGACAUGGCUUCUACGCCAAGCUGAGCAAGUGCCGCUUUGCCCAGCACAAAGUGGAUUUCUUAAGACACUACGUGCUUGACCAGGGUCUCCAUAUGGACGACGCGAAGAUCACUGCUAUUGCGGAGUGGCCCGCCCCCACAUCCGCCAAGCAGCUUCGCAGCUUCGUAGGCCUGACCAGCUACUAUACAGUAGCAGAGUUCCAUGACCAGCCAGCUGCCGGUCAUAUGGGAUUCCACAAGACGUUGGUUCGUGUGAGCCGCCUGUACGUCUGGCCGAAGCGCAAGGACUUUUUGAAGGACUUCGCCGCAGAGUGUCCGACCUGUCAGGAGGUGAACAGUGCGAACCACUUGCCUUAUGGUUUGUUGCAGCCUCUUCCUAUCCCUAAGGGUCGUUGGCAGUCCAUCUCGAUGGACUUUAUCAGUCUUCUUCGUCCUCCGACCCCUCGCGGUCAUGAUACUAUCCUGGUCGUCGUCGACCGCUUCACGAAGCGUGCACGCUUUGUUCUGUGCCGCUAUGCCAUCAGUGCACGUGAGGUCGCCGACAUCGUGUUCGACCGAGUCGUGCAUGACCACGGCUUACCUCUGAGCAUCAUAUCUGACCGUGAACCGCGCUUUACCAGUCGAUUCUGGCGACGGCUCCACGAGGUAUACGGCACUCAGCUCCGCUUCUCCUCAUCUUACCAUCCUCAGACUGAUGGUCAGACCGAGAUCACGAACAGGACUCUCGGAGAUAUUCUUCGAAAGAUUGUUCGUGACGACCAGCAGUGGGAUCUUCAUCUUGCCCACGCGGAGAUAGCCUACAACCAAGUCGUCUCGCCAGCCACGGGGAUGUCGCCUUACUAUUACGACCUCGGCUAUCACCCUCGUGUUCCCGCGGACUUCCUUCGACCGUCCCAGAUGCACCCUAACACGAGUUCUCUCACGCUGGAUGAUUGGGUUGCACACAUGACGUCGAUUAUGAAGACCGCACAUGAGCAUAUAGCCGCUUCCCAGACUCGCAUGGCAGCACGUGCGAACCGAUCGAGAAUGGAUCACCCAUUCAAAGUCGGUGAUGAUGUGCUUAUCGACGCCCGCCACUUACAGCUCGAAGCGGACACGCUUCGCAAGUUUCGGCGUCGCUUCUUUGGCCCAUGCCGCAUCCUCCAGGCCGUCGGUUCUGAUACGACAUCUAGCCCGGUCAGCUUUCGUGUGAAGCUGCCCGACUACCUACGCCAGACUCGUGUGCAUGAUGUCUACCACGUCUCGUUACUGCGUCCUUACCGCAGACCGUCUGAGCAUUUCGCUGGAUGACCAUACGAGCGUCCUCCACCCAUC